AUGGCGCACCCGGAGAGGCACGGGCUAGCAGGCUUGAGGAUUGAGACUUCGUUCCACCAGCCGCGAGCAGGAUGGUCGGAGGAUGAUGAGGUGGGGAGGAGAAGAUCGACAGCGGGUGGCGAUGGUAUCGAGAGCGACCGCACCAAGAUAAAUCAUGAUUACAACGCGCGCCGCCGCGAUACUAAUGAAGGCCGCAGAGUAUUCAGUGAGAUGCAUUCAGCUACCCCUCCCAUUUCAGUCCCUCGCCCCGAUGGUCGUCCUGCGGACGAUGCCUCCUCUUUCCCUGACAGGCCGGACGACGUCCAGGGCUCUCCCCUAGACAACUAUCUGCAAACGCGUCGUCCCUCCAUCACUUUCAACCCAAACGUUUCUCUCGAUUCGGGCCUUCAGCGCCCGCUAGAGCAGCCUCUGGCCAAGGGAGAUGUGAAUAACCGGCCCCCGCAAAAAUUCGAGUCUCGGACCUCAGGCCUCCGAAACGCCCUUUCUCAUGACGAUGACUCGAUCGACCCAAAAUCAGUCCCGUGGGGUUAUGACUCGAAUCGAUCUCAUGAGCAGCGGGGUAUUCCGACCGGAUCUUCCCGCGGCCGACAUCCUGGAAGCCCCGGGAAUGAUUCAAUGACCGGCACCGAGAUCGACCAACCGACCUCCCUCACAUCGCUGUCGACGGCGUCUCCAAUCGCCGAAGAAGUGCGAACGCCGCCUGGAAGUGUCAAAGAUGCCUUGCUGUCCCCGCUCUUUAUCACCUCGCCAACGCAGUCAUAUACGUCCCCGGAGGACCGGAGUGCUUCAUGGUCGGGGGGUAUGAUAACUCCCUUCGGAAGCAAGACCCGCCCUCCAAUCCUGGAUCGCAGCGGUAGUCUGCGCAACUCGACCACACGGCAUGGUUCUCGGCGGUCUACUAUUUCUAGUGGAAAGUCGCCCGCUAGCAUGUUCCUAUCCAUGUGGUCUGGCAAGGACGAGCCGGCAUCAUCGCCGGACGAGGAAGGCCAAAUGGUUGGCACCGACUACGUCCUUGGGAAGCAGAUUGGCUUCGGUGGUUUCAGUGUGGUCAAGGAGGCCUACAAGGUUGAGGAGCAAGGUACCACAAAGCGACUUGCCGUUAAGAUUGUCAAGAAAAAUGUGGCGGGUCGCAGCGAGAGCGAAAAUGAGGAGGUUCAGGCUGAGUUCGACCACGAAGUGCGUGUCUGGCGGUAUCUCAACCACCCCCACGUAUUGACACUUGAUGCCGUGUACGAAACAGACUACGCAACAUUCUGUUUUACUAAGCUCGCCAUCGGUGGCACUCUGUUCGAUCUCGUCCGCCAAAAUCGCCAGGGGCUCGAAGCAACACUCGCCAAGAAAUAUUCCUACCAACUUGCGUGUGCGAUUCGCUAUCUUCACGAAGAUGCUCGAGUGGUGCACCGCGAUAUCAAGCUGGAAAACUGUCUUCUCGACCCGAUCGAGACUCCCGAUGGUACGACAUCUUCCACUUUGGUGCUCUGCGACUUCGGAAUGACAGAAUGGAUGGCCACCGACGAUGGAGGUGAAUCCCCCGACCCUUAUGAUGAAGUCGCCGAUCGUCCUCCGCCCAAGCAAAUUGGCCCUGCGGGCUCCAGUACCAGCGUUGCAGGCAGCCUGGAGUAUGCCUCCCCCGAACUGCUUCAGUCCGCAAACGGUGUCAUCCACCCUUCGGUCGACAUCUGGGCCUUCGGAGUCAUCGUCUUCACACUGCUCGUCGGGUCACGACCGUUCCAAGAUUCCUUCGCCCCUCGUAUCCAGUCCAACAUUCUGAGUGGCACGUGGAAUCACGACGCCAUUGUCGCGACUACCGACGAAUCGCUGCGCAGGGACCGACAAGAUGCCCUUGCCUUGGUCAGAGGCUGUCUUGAGAUGGACGUCCGCAAGCGAUGGAGCAUUCGCGACAUACUUGCAAGCUCUUGGCUGCGAGAAGUCGCUGAGUCUGUCGAGGAAAGCUCGUCAGACUCGGUGUGGAAGCUUUGA